AGAGGAUUUGAUAAAGAGGAAGCAAUAAUGGGUUUUGGUAACUCAAGAUCUGUGAGAUUCCAAGAAGAUUCAGAAGUAACAAAGCCACAAACUGUUAAUGAAGAAUCUGGAGUUAAGGUCAAGUUCAAUAUCAAUGGAAUUCAGAUUCCUUGUAAAAAGAAUGUAAAGAUGAUGAGUAGAGGAAAGUCUUUGAAAGCUAAAGUACUCUCAAGAGUGUUCUCUGAGGAUUUUGAGAGAGUGAAAAGCAAAAUACUCGAUCCUCGUGGACAAACAAUAAGAAGAUGGAACAAGAUCUUUCUCAUAGCAUGUUUGGUCUCUCUGUUUGUCGAUCCUCUGUUUUUUUUCUUGCCGGUCAUGAGAAAAGAAGCUUGUAUCACCAUUGGAAUUAGACUCGAGGUGGUUCUCACGCUAAUUAGAUCUUUGGCCGAUGCUUUUUACGUCGCUCAGAUUGUUAUACGUUUUAGAACGGCUUAUAUCGCUCCUCCUUCACGUGUAUUUGGUAGAGGAGAACUCGUAAUUGAUUCAAGAAAGAUUGCUUGGAGAUAUCUCCAUAAAAGCUUUUGGAUUCAUCUAGUAGCUGCUUUACCUUUACCUCAGGUGUUGAUUUGGAUCAUCAUCCCAAAUCUAAGAGGCUCACCAAUGACAAACACCAAGAACGUUCUUAGAUUCAUCAUCAUUUUCCAGUAUGUUCCAAGGAUGUUCCUCAUAUUCCCGCUCUCUCGCCAGAUCAUUAAAGCCACUGGUGUUGUAACCGAGACUGCUUGGGCAGGAGCCGCCUACAACCUUAUGUUAUACAUGCUAGCAAGCCAUGUUUUAGGAGCUUGUUGGUAUUUGCUUGCAGUAGAGAGGCAAGAGGCUUGUUGGAGACAUGCUUGCAACAUAGAGAAACCGAUUUGUCAAUACAGAUUCUUUGAGUGCAGAAGACUAGAAGAUCCUCAGAGGAAUUCUUGGUUCGAAUGGAGCAAUAUAACGAAAAUAUGCGAACCGGGAACUAAGUUUUACGAGUUUGGUAUAUACGGAGAUGCAGUAACUACAACUCUUACAUCAUCAAACUUCAUAAACAAGUACUUUUACUGUCUCUGGUGGGGAUUAAAGAACCUCAGCUCUUUGGGACAGAAUCUUGCCACGAGCACUUACGCUGGCGAGAUUCUCUUCGCUAUCAUCAUUGCGACUCUAGGGCUUGUUCUCUUUGCAUUGCUUAUUGGGAAUAUGCAAACAUAUUUACAAUCAACGACAAUGAGACUCGAAGAAUGGAGGAUAAGGAGGACAGACACAGAGCAAUGGAUGCGACAUAGACAGCUUCCUCAAGAGCUAAGGCAAGCCGUGAGAAAAUAUGAUCAAUACAAGUGGUUAGCCACACGAGGAGUCGAUGAAGAAGCUUUACUGAUAAGUCUUCCUCUUGAUCUUCGAAGAGAUAUCAAACGCCAUCUCUGCUUCGAUCUUGUUCGCCGUGUUCCAUUGUUCGAUCAAAUGGAUGAGAGAAUGCUUGACGCGAUCAGCGAGAGGUUAAAACCGGCUUUAUGCACUGAAGGUACGUUUCUUGUAAGAGAAGGCGACCCGGUUAACGAAAUGCUCUUCAUCAUUCGAGGGCAUCUUGAUUCUUACACAACCAAUGGAGGCAGGACAGGGUUCUUCAACUCUUGUCUCAUUGGACCAGGAGAUUUCUGCGGCGAAGAGUUGCUUACUUGGGCACUAGACCCUCGUCCCGUUGUGAUCUUGCCGUCUUCUACACGCACGGUUAAAGCGGUUUAUGAGGUCGAAGCGUUUGCGUUGAGAGCUGAAGAUUUGAAGUUUGUGGCUUCGCAGUUUAGAAGAUUGCAUAGUAAGCAGUUGAGACAUAAGUUUCGGUUUUACUCGCAUCAAUGGAGGACUUGGGCGGCUUGUUUCGUGCAGGCUGCUUGGAGACGGCACAAGAAGAGGAAAUACGCGAGUGAGCUGAGGGUAAAAGAGGAAUUUCAAUGUAGGUUCGAGGCCGCGUCUGCGGCGGUUAGGCUAGCGGUUAACGGCGGGAAGUUUACUCGUAGCGGAUCGGAUUCCGGUAUGAUAUCUUCGAUUCAGAAACCAGUAGAACCGGAUUUUUCUAGUGAAUGAAACUGAGAUACGACUUUUUUUUAUUAUUUUGUUUUAAACUGUUUUU